AUGACACGCCCAACCGAGCCGCUGGUCGCUGUCCUCGGCUCGACAGGCACAGGAAAAUCUGAUCUUGCGGUCGAGUUGGCCAGCCGCUUUAAUGGCGAGAUCAUAAACGUCGAUGCGAUGCAAAUGUAUCGUGGCCUGCCCGUGACGACCAACAAGAUCUCCGUCGAGGAGCAGCGAGGCGUGCCGCACCACCUGCUGGGUACCAUCGGCCUGCAUGAGCCAACGUGGCAUGUCGACCGCUUCAAGCGAGAAGCCUCGCAGAUUAUCCAGGAGAUCCGCCGUCGGGGGCGACUUCCCAUUGUCGUUGGGGGCUCGCAGUACUACACUGACGGCCUGCUAUUUGAAGACCACCUCGUUGAAAGUGCAUCUGGGGGUGAAGACGGCGACGGUGCAGCAGGAGAGGACCCCACACUCACGGAAAACGGAAACGAUGAGGUGCUCGUGGACAACAGCAUACAGUAUCCAAUUCUCAAUGAGCCAACAGAGACCCUGUUGGCUGAGCUCACAAAGGUCGACCCUGUCAUGGCUGCGCGCUGGCACCCCAACGAUCGGCGCAAGAUCCGGCGGUCGCUGGAAAUAUUCUUGACGACAGGGCGGCGAGCAUCAGACAUCUACGCCGAGCAAAGAAAGCGCAGAGAGGAAAGAGAACGAGAAAGAAAAGAGGCGACGGCAGCUGCCGCCGAAGGCAAACCCUGGCAGACACUCUUGCUGUGGGUGUACGCCAAGCCCGACAUUCUGAACGCACGUCUCGACGCUCGCAUUGACACAAUGAUAGAGCGCGGGCUGGAGCAGGAGGCCAACCAAAUGUACGACACGCUCCAGGAAAGCGCCGCGCGGGGCGUGCCGGUCGAUCGCACCAGGGGCAUCUGGCAAUCGAUUGGAUACAAAGAGAUGGAGCCCUACGUGGUGGCCCAGCGGGCACAAAACAACCAUGAGGCGGCCACACCAUCCGAUGCUGGUGCUGCCGGUGAUUCUGUUGAGACCACUGCUGGCCAGGCGGCAGCCCCCGACAUUGCCAAACUUCGUGAGACCGGCCUUGACGGCAUCAAAUUUGGCACCCGCCGCUACGCUCGGUACCAGCUGCGCUGGAUCAAGCACAAGACGAUCCCCUACCUGGCCGAUGUGGGAGCCCUCGACCACCUCUAUCUGCUGGACAGCACCGACAAGGCGGCGUGGCAGACGAACGUGGCCGAGACGGGUGUUCGCCUUGCCGAGGCUUUCCUGGCAGGUGAUGCCGGGGCCCUUCCAGCCCCCGUGGACGUCUCGGAGACGGCGCGCGAGGUACUCACGAUGACCAUUGCCGCCAGCCGCGGCACACUGAACGAUGCACCGGAGAAAAUGGCAGCACAGCAGCACACGUGCGCCAUCUGCCACGUCACGCUGCAGACCGAGGACCAGUGGAACAGACACCUGCGAAGCUCACGGCACCGGCGAGUGCUGCAGAAGCAGAAGCGGCGUGCGCUGGUUCCCGCGCCGAAUGUGCCCGUUCCGGUGAUCAUAGACGAAGCAGUACCGGCUGAGGGUGCGACUGGUCCUGUUGAGACACCGGAUGAGACCGCGUCCCUGGUGGAUAAGUCGCCAGUCCCUCAACAGUCAUGA